AUGGGGACUCCCAACGCCGGCGACGACCUCGAACAGGUGGACAGCCAGGCCAAGGCGCAGGUCGAGGACGUCCACUCCGCCGGCGACCACGGCCACCUCAACCGCGGCCUCAAGGAGCGCCACGUGCAGUUUAUUGCCAUUGGCGGCACCAUCGGCGUGGGCCUGUUUGUGGGCAUCGGCAACGCGCUGGCGACGGGCGGCCCGCUGUCGCUGUUCCUGGGCUACCUCUUCACGUCCAUGGCCAUCUGGGCCAUGAUGCAGGGCGUCGGCGAGAUGGCGUCGCUGCUGCCGCUGCCGGGCAUGAUUGCGCAGAGCUGCACGCGGUUUGUCGACCCGGCCCUGGGCUUUUCCGUCGGCUGGAACCAGUGGUACAACUGCGCCAUCGCCAUUGCCGGCGAGACGGCCGGCGCCGUCCUGCUGGUGCAGUACUGGACGGACAUCAACCCGGCGGCGUGGAUCUCCAUCAUCCUGGUCGCGGUGUUUGCGCUCAACUUCUGCGCCGUCGCCGUCUACGGCGAGGCCGAGUUCUUCUUUGCCUCGCUCAAGAUCGUCACCAUCAUCGGCCUCCUGAUUCUCGGGCUGGUGCUCGACCUCGGCGGCGGCCCCAGCCACGACCGCAUCGGCUUUCGCUACUGGGUGCACCCGGGCGCGAUGAACGAGUACAUUGCCACGGGCAGCGCGGGCCGCUUCCUGGGGCUGUUCAGCACGCUCAUCAGCGCCGCCUACGCGUUUGGCGGCGCCGAGCAGGUGGCCGUCGCGGCCGGCGAGACGCACAACCCGACGCGCGCCAUCCCGCAGGCCGUGCGGCGCGUGCUGUGGCGCCUGGCCCUCUUCUACGUCCUGGGCGCCUUCUUUGUCGGCCUGCUCGUGCCGUCCGACGACCCGGACCUCGUCAGCGGCAGCGGCGUCAAGGCGUCGCCCUGGGUCAUUGCCAUCCAGUCGGCCGGCAUCCCCGUCCUGCCGCACCUCAUCAACGCCGUCCUCAUCACGUCGGCCGCGUCGUCGGCCAACGCCAACCUGUACACGGGCUCGCGCUACCUGUUCGCCAUGGCCCAGCAGCGCCAGGCGCCGCGGUUCCUGCUCGCCUGCAACCGCCAGGGCGUGCCCUACUACUGCGUCGGCGCCACCGCCGUCUUUGGCCUGCUGGCCUACAUGACGGUGUCGUCGGCGUCGUCCAACGUCUUCCACUGGCUGUCGGGCCUCGUCGCCACCAGCUACCUGCUGACGUGGACGUGUCUCUGCUACGCCUACACGCGCUUCCGCCGCGCCCUCCUGGCCCAGGGCAUCGAGCGGUCGUCGCUGCCCUUCCGCGGCCCCGGCCAGCCGUACACGGCCUGGUGCGGCCUCGUGUUUUUCGUCGUCGUGCUGCUGUUCAACGGCUUUGCCGUCUUUACGCACGGCAACUGGAACGCCCAGAACUUUGUGUCGGCCUACGUCGGCAUCCCCAUCUUUGCCGGCUUCUUCUCGUUCUGGAAGCUGGUGAAAAAGACCAAAAUGGUCGCCCUCGACGAGAUGGACCUGUACACGGGCCGCGUCGAAGGCGACGAGCGCGACAGCCCGCAGCAGAAGCAAAAGACCCAGUUGCAGAAGAUUCUGUCCAAAAUCCUGUAG